UAGGGUAGCUGUGAAUACCAUGUAGCUUGUUGUGAAUACCAUGUAGCUUGUUGUGAAUAUCAUGUGGGGUUGCUAGCUCAGUAAAUGCGUUUAGCCCCUGAUCAGUGCAUGAGAGGAGAAGAGACCAGUGAAGAAAGCCAACUAGCUAACGUUACUAGGAAUGAGAUGCACCCAGUCAUGGUGGUCCUAACACUAAGUAUUCAGGCAGGUUGUUUGUGCUGUUCUCUGCCACAACGUUACAUUAUGACAUUACAGACCGACUUUGAGCGGUUUCCGGGGCGCUGUGCUACUAACUAACGUCAGUCAUAGCACAUACUGUUCACUAGCUAGCACGUCAGCUUACUGGCGAGAUAACUCAAAUACAUCUCAUUCUUUGCAGGUCAGGGGUGUCCGGAUAGCCUUUCCCCUGAAUUUGAGAUGUUAUUUUUGGUCACCUACUUCGUGUUUUGGACAGGGCACCUCCGGGAAAGAGUCAAAUUCCAGGAUUCAGAUAGGAGAAGAGUAUUUGGUCCGGUUAUCACUAGUUACCACAGCCACAAAACGCAGUCAUGCCUAAUUCUACAAUGUAUCUCAUUUAAAUCGUAAUCCUAACGUUAACCGCAUAUCUGAUUUUAGAUUAAGACCAAAAAGCAACAACAAAAAGUAUGCAUUUUUACGAUAGACAAUUAUAACUUUGUGGCUGUGGUAACCAGUGACGACACUGGUUGCCAGAUAUGAGAGGCAACAGGGCAGUUGUAUAGUCGCUUUGGUUCAAAACUGAAGGUGUCCAACUAAAGCAUGUCUCCAAAAUGCCAAAGGACAACACAAAAUGACAUUUCUUUAUGAUUUUGUUGGGUGACAACACUAAAUAUCUGGCUACCCGGAGGAUUGUCCGUCCAUCCGAAUAGAAUCAUUUCCGGUAUAAAGGAUUUUCUUUGUUUUAAAAAAACUCCAUCAUGUCGGGGGGCAAAGUGCCUAUACAAAUCACGUAUUUGCUCAAUAAUAACCGUUGUGUUUGCAUGGUUCUGUGUUAAUUUACUAACAACCAGAAAUGGUUUUAUGAAGAUGGGGAGGUUUAUUUUGUCCGCAACAAAGGGGGAGGAAUAUUGUCGACGCACAGCGUCUCCGGCUGCAUGCCCAGAGACCUGAGCUGGCAGACUACACAACAAGAGUCUACUUUUGCCGUAAUGGGGGAGAAACCGUUGAAGAUCCUCGCAUGUGGUGAUGUAGAAGGAAGCAUUAAUGCUGUGUUUAACCGCGUCCGGACCAUCCAGAAGAAGAGCGGGCAGUUUGAUCUGCUGCUGUGUGUAGGAAACUUCUUCGGUUCGUCUCCAGGAGCUCAGGCUGAAUGGCAGGAGUACAAAUCUGGAGCAAAGAAAGCUCCCAUCCACACCUACAUCCUGGGAGCAGCCAGCCAGGAAACCCUCCGCUUCUUCCCCAGUGCUGACGGCUGUGAGCUGGCAGACAACAUCACCUACCUGGGUCGUCGUGGCGUUUUCACUGGGGCGUCAGGCCUGCAGAUAGCAUAUGUGAGUGGUCGUGAGGGGCAGCAGGAUCCGACUCCAGCUCACUGCUUCUCUCCUAAAGACCUCACUCAGCUGGUGGAGCCACUGAUUAGCAACAACCAGUUCAGAGGAGUGGACAUCCUGCUGACAUCACAGUGGCCCCGCGGAGUCUGGCAGUACGCCAACAGCCCCGAAGUCAACACUAAGUUCUGUGGAACGACCUCCAUCUCCCACCUGGCUUACAAGCUGAAGCCUCGCUACCACUUUGCUGCGGUAGAAGGAGUUCACUAUGAGAGACUACCUUACAGGAAUCAUGUUGUUCUUCAGGAGAAUACUCAGCACGUCAGCAGAUUUAUCGCCCUGGCAACCGUCAACAACCCAGAGAAGAGAAAGUACCUGUAUGCCUUCAACAUUAUCCCGAUGAAAAGCAUGGAGGCAUCAGAACUGGUCAAGCAGCCUCAGGAUGUCACUGAGAGCCCUUACAGCAGGAUGGUUAGAGAGAACACUCUCUCUGACCCUACUGUCCAGGAGCCGGCAUCUCAGUUCUUCUUUGACCUGGGGAAGAAGCAGCGUGGAGGGGGGCGUGGCCAGGGGGGGCGUGGUAGGAAGAGGCCCUCAGACGGAGACGGGCAGAAUCAAGGACAGCCGUGGGAUUCAGACCGGCAGAGUCAGAGACUGCCCUUUGAGCUAGACAGGCCUAAACAACCCCGCAGGCCCCCUCAGCCCAGCGGUCCCUGUUGGUUCUGUCUGGCCAGCCCUCAGGUAGAGAAACACCUGGUCAUCAGCAUUGGUACACAUUGCUACCUGGCCCUUGCUAAGGGCAGUCUAACCCCUCAGCAUGUGUUGGUACUGCCCAUCGGUCACUACCAGUCAGUAGUGGAACUGAGCUCUGAGGUGGUUAAAGAACUGGACCGAUACAAGAUGGCUGUCAGGACCUUCUAUAAGAGCAAAGGACAGCGCUGUGUUCUGUUUGAGAGGAACUACCACAGCCAACACCUACAGAUCCAGGUAGUACCAGUACCGGAGGAUCAGUGUACCACUGAAGAUAUUAAAGAAGCCUUCAUGCUGCAGGCGCAGGAACAGAACAUGGAGCUGAUGGAGAUACCCCAACACACUGACCUCAAACAGAUUGCUCCUCCAGGGACACCGUACUUCUACGUAGAGCUGGACUCUGGAGAGAAACUCUUCUACCGCAUUCAGAAAAACUUCCCUCUACAGUUUGGCAGGGAGGUGUUGGCCAGCGAGGCGUUGCUGAACAUCCCGGAGAGGGCCGACUGGAGAGAGUGUAAACAGACCCCAGAGGAGGAGGAGGGUCUGAGCAAACAACUACGAAACGACUUCCAACCAUACGACUUUGCACUGGAAGACUGAACACCGACACACACUGUACCGUACAGGAGGGGUGUAAUGGUACACGUUUUCAUACUGAACCGUUGGGUACGGGGACUUCUGGAUUAACAACACCAGUCCUAUAGUCUGUGCUGUGUUGUAGGCCUAUGUCUGCAGUAAAUCUGAGCUGAACAUUUCAGUCUAUUCCGUUGAAACAACUAGAGCCUAUGUGCACGUUGUAAUCAAAAUUUAAAUCUUAAUUGGCGCAUUUCAAAAACCGUCCUUUUGUGAGGCGCAGCCGGGAACUAGUUCUGUACGAUGGUGAUAACCGGAGGAUCCUCCAUCGUUCAAAUCUCCAGUUUGGGAACAUUUUGUCAUGAACGUAGAUUAUAACGGUGAUGGACAGAGUUGUGGAUAAAGCGUUAACAGUAUGUCUCCACGCAGAAGGAGAAUAGCUGCUGUAGCACCUCCAACAUGUUGACACCCACAUCACCCCAGUAUAGUGUAGCAUGACGGAGCACCUCCAACAUGUUGACACCCACAUCACCCCAGUAUAGUGUAGCAUGACGGAGCACCUCCAACAUGUUGACACCCACAUCACCCCAGUAUAGUGUAGCAUGACGGAGCACCUCCAACAUGUUGACACCCACAUCACCCCAGUAUAGUGUAGCAUGACGGAGCACCUCCAACAUGUUGACACCCACAUCACCCCAGUAUAGUGUAGCAUGACGGAGCACCUCCAACAUGUUGACACCCACAUCACCCCAGUAUAGUGUAGCAUGACGGAAACACAAAGAAUUCACACCACCUCCCGUCUGCAUUCAGCUGUUUCUGACCGGGCCAAAGUUCAGAGCGAUAGGUAGGCAAUGUUUAUGUUUUUUACAGUCUUGGGUUUAUUGCGUGGAUAUGUGUCCGUUCUCAGGGGUUGAGAAUAGGGCCUUUCAGCACCUCGUCAAAUUGCUCCACACCCACGUUACCAACUCCCCUCAUUUCAUAAAACGGGUAGUACCCACGUUAUAUAAGCAAGCCAAAGUUUUAAAUGAAUUGGCCAAUGUAUCCUGUGUUGUGCUUGGUGACAUCCUGUCGCAUGACCCCGGAGUAGGCGAUGUCCCAUGCUACAGACACGCCCCCUUUACCAAAGUGCUGGAGGCAGUGUCGUGGUGCGUUUGGAACCAACUGGGAAGUUGCCACAUACGACUGGGUUAAAUCUACUUCAAUGUCCCUCCAACUGGUAAUUACUAGUGGGAAAACUAUCAUUGUGAGCUCCCACUUCUCCCACAUGCUGACCUCACCUACUAAAGGACAUUUUCAGGCAGUUAAAUGCAACAAAACAUUAUUUAAAAAUAGCAGUGGUUUUUUAACUAUAAUUUGUUUAAAAGCAUGAUAGCUGUACUUUUAGGAGGACGCAGCUUGUUGGCCGUUAGCCAAUCGACGAUUCUCAACAAGUUCAAAUCACAUGAAUGGUCCCACUGGUAUUUAUGACGACACAACUGGUAAAUGCCCUCAUGGUUACAAACUCAGCAUCAGGGUGGGAACUUGAGAGGCCUGACAUAAGUGUCAAUGCUGAACAUUGUGAAGGGCGUUUAAUUUGGAGGCGCAGGGUGCAGUUGAGAUCUUCCCUUAUUAAUGCACUUCCUGCCUUCUCUGUUUUAACUUCAAUCCAAUCGUCUGAAAAAGUAGUUUUCACAAUGUGGAGAUAAAUCAGUGUCAUCAUUUUGUACAAGGUCCCUGAUUAAAAGCUUUUUU